UCAAACUCCACAGUCCUGCCAGAGUGUACAGCUGUGUAACGGUCCUCUCUCCUCGUGUAUUCUCUCGACCAGCAGACAGUCAGCCACGAUGUUUUACAGCCAGAGCAUCACCUCCGGCGGUCCUUCUGUCUUGAGGCAGAGCCGCAGCUUCACCUCCAGCGCUGUUCCCCAGAAGGCUCACAGCGUGUCUGAAUACAGCCUCAGGGGUGGCCCCCGCAUUUCAUCCACUACAGUGCGCACAGUCUCCUCUGGAUUCAGAGGCUAUGGAGCUGGAGCUGGCAUGGGAGGCAGCUUUGGCGGGGGUUUCGACCUGUCCCUCGCCGCUGACCAGAGCUCUCUGCACCUGAAUGAGAAGGCCACCAUGCAGAACCUGAACGACCGUCUGGCCUCCUACCUGGAGAAAGUCCGUUCUCUGGAGGCGGCCAAUGCCAAGCUGGAGAAGCAGAUCAGAGAGUACUACGAGCAGAAGGGGCCUGCAGCUGAGAGGGACUACAGCCAUUUCUGGGCCAUCAUCAACGACCUGAAGGACAAGAUCCAUAACGCCACCAUCAACAAUGCCAACAUCCUGCUCCAGAUUGACAACUCCAAACUGGCUGCUGAUGACUUCAAAACCAAAUUCGAGCAUGAGCUGAUGAUGCGACAGUCAGUUGAAGCUGACAUUGCCAACCUCCGCCGCCUGCUUGACCAGACCACCCUGACAAAGGCCGACCUGGAGAUGCAGAUCGAAGGCCUGCAGGAUGAGCUGGCCUACCUUAAGAAGAACCACGCAGAGGAGUUGGCAGCACUGCGCUCUCAGCUUACCGGCACAGUCAACGUGGAGGUGGAUGCUGCACCUCAGCAAGACCUGAACAAAGUACUGGAGGAGAUCCGCGCCCAGUAUGAGACCAUCACCGAAAAACACCGUCGCGACCAGGAGGCUUGGUUUAAUGACAAGACGGCAGCCCUGAGCAAAGAAGUGGCUAUCAGCACAGAAACAAUCCAGACGUCCAAGACAGAGAUCACUGACCUGCGGCGCACACUGCAAGGCCUGGAGAUCGAGCUGCAGUCUCAGCUCAGCAUGAAAGCUGCACUGGAGAACACGUUAGCAGAGACCGAGGCCCGUUACAGCGCCAUGCUCGCCGGCUACCAGAGCCAAAUCAACAUGCUGGAGGCAGAACUAGCCAACGUGCGCGCCAGCAUCGAGCAGCAGGGCCACGACUAUAAGAUGCUGCUGGACAUCAAGACCAGGCUGGAACAGGAGAUCGCAACCUACAGGAGCCUGCUGGAAACAGAGGAGUCCAGACCAAUUGGCACCGGGGGCACAAAGACCACAAUCACCACCACCACUGUGCGCAGCUAGAAAGUCCAACUGGCAGGACAAGCUGUUCUCAGACACACACACACACACACACACACACCAACUAAUAAAAGCUGUUACACGAGAUGAGUAAAAACUGUACUGAAAACGUAUUAAAAGCUAAACCCGUGUUAAAGUCCAUGAAACAGUAUUUUUCAUAUUUGUGGGAGAAAUUCUCUUUGCACUGUGUGUGUUUGUGUGACCUGUCUGAAAAAUAAAUCUGCUGGUGAAUAUAA